AUGCAACCUGCCACUCUGGUCUUCUACUGGCUUCGAUAUGUGUUUUACGUCCUAAGUGAGCCUGACUGCAUCCUCCUGUGGCUUCCUUUCGCACUGGGAUACCGCUUUAUUCACUGCUUUCGUCUUAGGCGUCGCAAAAUUUCCUCCAAGAGGAUACUUAUCUUACCUGUUGCCACGGUGGGUUUGUUCGUCUGCUACUAUGUGUCGCAUCUGGAGUGGUGUCCCAUCGCUAACCGUUCGCGUUUCAUCGCGUUCACGCCACGGGAAUUCCUGGAGAGGAUCUCGGGAGACGUCUCUGCAAUUCAGAAAUACUUCUGGAAGGCGGCGAGCAGACCCGGGCAUCAGAGAAAUUAUCGUAGGCUGUAUCGUACUGCCAGGAAGAUUCUCCGAGCAAACAGGCACCUACCAGGAGUGAAGAACAAGACGUGGUCUUUCACAAUCGUUCGUUCCGUGACGCCUAGUGCGUUUGUGCUCCCAAACUGCAAGACGUACGUUUUCGACGCUAUCUUCGACGUGUGUGACACCGACGACAGUUUGUCGUUCGUAUUGGCGCACGAACUGACGCACUGCCUCCUGGAGCACACGCUAGAAAAGGAGAGCUUAUCCCUCCUCUUGGAUAAAAUCACCUCCUCCUUGUGGGCAAUCAGCUUUCUGGUCGUCAGGGACGACGCACUCGCGCUUAUAAUUCCCUGGGUUCUUCAAAAGGCCACACACUAUGGGGUCUUCUUACCGCACAGCCGCUUCAUGGAACUCGAAUCGGACAAGUUGGCGUUGCAGAUGACCGCUCGUUCCUGCUACGAUUUUCGCUAUAGCGUCGUGUACUUCGACAGGACACAUGAAUUCCUCUCUAAGGCUUAG